AUGGUCCACGUCCGAGAACUCAAUCCAGCACGGUUUGAGGAUGCGCUUGUCAAUGGCGGUCCCAGCCUCAACCUGGACGGCCUGUUGAUGAAGCCCACUGCCGCAACACCCAGGAGACUCCCCGACGACGCCGCCAACUUCCACCCGCAUCACGAGGUCCAUCUUCCCCAGGGGAUCAUCGAGACGGAAGAGGAAGAGAAGCAGCACUGGUUUGUCGGCAGCAUCGACCAAGGUACCACCUCCUCGCGUUUCCUCAUCUUCAACGGCGAGGGCGAUCCCGUUGCGAGCCACCAAAUAGAGUUUGAGAACCUGUAUCCCAAAUCAGGAUGGCACGAGCAUGACCCGCAAGAACUUGUCAGCUCGGUUGAGCAAUGUAUUGAAGAGGCUCUGCGCAAAUUUGCCGACCUAGGCCACUCCAAGUCAGACAUUCGCUCAAUUGGCAUCACCAACCAGCGCGAGACGACAGUAGUGUGGGACCGCUUCACCGGCGAGCCCCUGCACAAUGCCAUCGUCUGGCCCGACACCCGGACGGGUGCCCUUGUGCGCGAAUUGAAGUCGCGCGACGGGUCGGAAAGCUUGAUGGACCUCUGCGGCCUGCCCCUUUCGACGUACCCCAGCAGUGUCAAGUUGCUCUGGCUCCUUCGCAAUGUCGACUCCGUCAAGCAAGCAUACGAAGAAGGCCGCCUUGCCUUCGGCACCGUCGACUCCUGGCUCAUCUACAAGCUCAACGGCGGCGCAAAAGCCGAGAAGCCCGUCCACGUCACCGAUAGCACCAACGCUAGUAGGACCAUGUUUGUCAACCUCCGCACCCUCCAGUACGACGACAAGCUCCUGGGAUUCUUUGGGAUCGACAAGUCCAAGAUCCAAUUACCCAAGAUCGUUCCGUCUUCCGACCCGGAAUGUUUCGGCAAGAUCGCCAGCGGCCCGCUAAUCAAUGUGCCCAUUGCCGGGUGCCUGGGGGACCAGUCCAGCGCCCUGGUCGGCCAGUGCGGCUUCAGCCCAGGGCAAGCCAAGAACACUUAUGGCACCGGGUGCUUUCUCCUGUACAACGUCGGCACCGAACCCGUCAUCUCCAAGUACGGGCUCCUCGCCACAGUGGCUUACGACUUUGGCGGCGGCCAAAAACCUGUGUAUGCCCUCGAGGGCAGCAUUGCCGUCGCCGGCUCCGGUGUCAAGUUCCUCAUGAACAACCUCGGCUUCGUCGAUGAGUCGAGCGAGAUCACCUCGCUGGCGGAAUCAGUACCCGAUAACGGCGGCGUCGUCUUCGUCACUGCCUUUAGCGGGCUCUUUGCGCCGUACUGGAUAGACGACGCCAAGGGAACUCUGUUUGGCAUCACCCACCACACGAACAAGGGCCACAUCGCCCGUGCCACUCUCGAAGCAACCUGCUACCAGACCCGCGCCAUCCUCGAUGCGAUGGAGAAGGACUCACAACACAAGCUCGAGUCGCUCGCCGUUGACGGCGGUCUCUCCAACUCGGACCUGUGCAUGCAAACCCAGGCCGACAUCACCGGCAUCCCCGUCGAUCGCCCCGCCAUGCGCGAAACGACAGCCCUUGGCGCUGCCAUCGCCGCAGGCCUGGCCACGGGUGUGUGGCGAACGCUGGAGGACCUCAAGGAGGUCAACCGCAGUGGACGCAAAAUCUUCCAGCCGCAGAUGGAGAAGGCCAAGGCCGAGGGGAUGUUCAAGAGAUGGGAGAAAGCUGUCGAGAUGAGCAAGGGGUGGGUCCAAGAAGAUUAG